AUGAAGAGAAACCAUACAGUAACAGCAUUCAUUCUGCUGGGACUGACAGAUGACCCACAACUGCAGGUUUUGGUGUUUAUCUUUUUCUUUCUCAGCUACAUGCUGAGUAUAACUGGGAAUUUGACAAUCAUCACACUCAUCUUACUGAAUUCUCACCUUAAAACAGCUAUGUACUUUUUUCUACAAAAUUUCUCCUUGUUAGAGAUCUCAUUCACAUCUGCCUGUAUCCCCAGAUACUUGUAUAACAUAGCAACAGGUGACAAGGUCAUUACUUAUAAUGCUUGUGUCAUCCAAGUGUUUUUUACUGACCUCUGUGGAGUAACAGAAUUUUUCCUCCUGGCUGCCAUGUCCUAUGACCGCUACGUGGCCAUCUGCAAACCUCUGCAUUAUGUGACCAUCAUGAAUACCACAGUCUGCAGAAGAAUAGUCUUGUGCUGUUGGGUGGCUGGUCUGUGUAUUCUAAUACCCCCAUUAAGUCAGGGAUUAAAUCUAGAAUUUUGUGAUUCUGACACUAUUGAUCAUUUUAUCUGUGAUGCAUCUCCCCUCCUGAAGAUCUCCUGUUCAAACACUUGGUUCAUGGAACAGACUGUUAUAAUCUGUGCUGUGCUGACCCUCAUCAUAACACUUCUGUGUGUCAUUCUGUCCUACAUUUAUAUCAUCAAGACAAUUGUAGGAUUUCCAUCCGCUCAACAAAAGAAUAAAGCGUUUUCUACCUGUUCUUCCCACAUGAUUGUGGUUUCCAUCACCUAUGGCAGCUGCAUCUUCGUCUACAUCAAACCUUCAGCAAAGGAAUCUGUGGCCAUCAAUAAAAGUGUGACAGUCCUCAUGACUUCCAUUGCUCCUAUGCUGAACCCCUUCAUCUACACACUGAGAAACAAGCAAGUAAAACAAGCCUUCAAUGACUCAAUCAAAAGAAUUAUAAUAUUUUUCAAGAAAUGA